AUGGCGUUCCACUACACGUACGGGAUGCGAGGGUACAGCCUCUGUGCAGAAUGCCUCGCUCCCAUCGACCCCUCUGCCGCUCCCCUUGCCAGCGUGUGCAAGCACAGACUCUGCAACAAGUGCUGGCUAGGCCUCCUUCGAAAGAAUGGCGAGAACUGGUCCAACAACAACUGUGGUGGGGAGGAGCGGAAGCAGGACAGCAGGGGGCGACAACAAGGAAGAGGACUCAAUACUGGCGGCACGAUAGCGCAGCUGCAGGACGCAACCAACACCGACAACGCUGAGGCGUUUACGAGCAUUGCCAAGCGCUUCAAUGACUCGGCGUUCAAACCCUUCCUCCGCUUCCCCAACGAUGUCCACCUGUCAAAGAGGGCCGAGCCCAACCUCGAGCCCCGCAGGGUCAUCGAUCCGGAGGAGGUCAGCAGGAGGAUCCAGGACAUACGUAGGGUCUACACGAAGGCUGUGAGCAGCUGGGAGCGCAGCGAUCUUAAGUCUCCUCUGCUCGAGGACUUCUUUGUGUUCUGCAGAGACACUCACGAUGACAAGGACCACCAUAAGACUUACUGGUUGGACGUGUACUACCUCCGAAACCUCAUCGUGCAAGGUUACAACCAGGAUGUCACGAAACUGUUUGUUGAUUCCGGCGGGAUUCCUCAGCCUGACGCUGAAGCUCAAGAAUCAUCGCAAUCGCAACAAGAGGCUCAGGAUCAGCGGGCGAACAAACGAGCGAAACUUGAUGAUAACGGGGAGAGCGCGGGAGCCGAAGGGAGCUCGACUCUCUCAGAUGCUGCUGACCGGACGUACGCGCAAAUCAAGAUAACAAUGAAGGCAAUGGCGGAAUCCGAGGAGGCCAGGAAACAUUAUCUAUGGAGCAAGUCACUUCUCCGUGCAACCGAAGCGCUGUCCAACGACAGACUAUCGCAGGAGGUCAGAGCGCUGUAUGAGAGGCAGGUUGUACACUAUAGCAGGUUGCUUGACGAGGCAACGGGUGGAGGCGGAGAAGCGCGAAGUUCUUUGACACCUAGCAACGCAACGGCCUCUUAG